GAAGCCGUUCAGAUGGUAUAAAAGGAUGAUGCGACAAGAUCUGAAAUUUGAAUGGCGUUUGGGAGUAUGUAUGGAAGAUUCAUGGCCUACUCACCUUCUCGAGCUUCUUCGAACAAGAAUGCUAGGUCCAAAAAAAAAAAUGGCGGCGAGGCAGCUGAUAAUGUACUUCUUCCACCAUCAUUUCGCAACGCGCAGGAGCUUAAGGCAGCCGGGAUCCAUUUUAGGUGCAGUGAAGGUAUGCGUGACAUAUCUUUUAAAUCACUAUGCUUUGCAGGAUUUCUCUUUCUUCCACCAAUGAACGCGGACGCAAUGCCUUUGUUCUUGAGUUUGAUUGCUUACGAAAUGUGUCCCGAUUUCCAAAAUGAUUACGCGGUCACCUCUUACUUAAGCUUCCUGAGUUCACUCAUUACUCAUCCCGAAGAUGCAAAGCAGCUAAGGUCAGCCCGCAUACUUCACAAUAAACUCGAAACUGACGAAGCACUCGCUCAACUCUUCAACGAGAUAGGCCCUGAUUUGGUAUCAAACCCUUCGAUAAUUCACAUCAGUAGCAGAUUAGAAAAGCACUACAAAUCCAAGUGGAAGGCAUGGAUGGCUCAGUUCUUUGAAGAUCAUUUCAGUAGCCCCUGGGCCAUGCUUGCGUUCAUCGGUGCUCUAACGGCACUUUUCUUGAGCGCCAUCCAGACUUGGUACUCAAUCAUCAGUUAUCAUCAUCCUAAAUCUUAGGAUUCUCUGUUGGUAUUUUCAAAGCUAAUAUCGAAGAGAAAAUCACGGCCUCGUCCACCUUCAUACGAUCUGUUUGUAUUCAUUCUCGCUAUUUCGAUUUCCUUGUAACCAGCUCAUUAAGAUUAUGUUCAUUCUAUUAAGUUGGCCUUCGAGGAGGCUUAGCAAAUCCUUUGGUUUGUUGAUUAUCAAGCGUGACAUUGUUGAA